GCCUGCCAACCACAGGGGCCAACUGGAGAUCAGUAGCCUGGUGCCCCUGGGGCCCAAGUAUGUGGUGAAGUGGAACACAGCGCUACCCCAGGUGCAGGUGGUAGAGGUGGGUCAGGAUGGCGGAGCCUACGACAAGGACAACCUGCUUAUUCAGCAUGCAGGGGCCAAGAAGGCUGCGGCCGCGGGGCAGGCCCAGAACAAGGUGUACCUGGGACCCCCGCGUCUCUUCCAGGAGCUGUAGGACUUGCAGAAGGACCUGGCGGUGGUGGAGCAGAUUACCCUGCUUAUCAGCACCCUGCAUGGCACCUACCAGAAUCUGAACAUGACCGUCGCUCAAGACUGGUGCCUGGCUUUACAGCGGCUCAUGCGGGUGAAGGAGGAGGAGAUCCACUCGGCCAACAAGUGCCGCCUGCGGCUCCUGCUGCCCGGGAAACCUGACAAGUCUGGCCGCCCCAUCAGCUUCAUGGUGGUCUUCAUCACUCCCAAUCCCCUAAGCAAGAUUUCCUGGGUCAACAGGUUACACCUCGCCAAGAUAGGACUCCGUGAGUACAGCCCAGGGACCGCCCAGGGCAGGUGCAGGAAGCAAGAGAGGCUGGGGAUUUGAGCACAGGCUGUCCAUGGGAUGGGGAAGAAACAUCUGGAACCCUGUUCUGAGUCCUGAGACUCUACUUUGUGACCUUGGACUGGUCACUUUUCUCCAGGCUUCAGUUUCCCCAUCUGUGGGUUGAUGGGAUUUGACAGAAAGUGAAUUAGUGGAUGCCAGGGCCCUGAGUGGGAGGGUGGUGGGGAGGAAGGGAGAGAGACAUAAGG